AUGGAGAACAAUGCCGCGGAGAUCCUACUUGUCGACCGUCGGCAACAAGCUCAGGAGCGCAACGCCAGCGGAGACAUCCGCGAAUACCGCGCCGUAUAUCUUACUCGUCUAGUACUUCGCAUAUUAUCACUCGCAACUUGCGCGGCGAUUGUGAUCCUGCUUGCGCAAACGAUACGAUCAUACAGCCAAACGAAGCAUGCUACAAACCCAUACAGAGAUGGCAGCGGAACCUUUCCGGUGUGGCCUGACGUCUUGAAACUGUAUCCCUCGUACGCACUCUUAGCAGCUGCGCUUUUGGCUGGCAUCUUCAGUCUGGUGCUAGUCGUCGCGAGCUUCCACAAAAAUGUGCGAAGAAUGACAAAGACUGGUAAUGUGACAACUAUUGUCAUAUCAUCGAUUUGCCUCAUCGUAUGGAUCAUCGUAACUGCAUACUAUGGCUCCUGGGAUACAAACAAGACCAAUUGGGAUUUGCUCUCCUGGAGCUGCACACACCAAGACGAGAGAUUCGAUUAUCGAGACAUUGACUUUAGCACAAUGUGCACUGAGAUGCGAUUCGCAUUCUGGGCUGGCGUUGGCCUCGCUGGCAUGGAGUCCAUCAACCUGCUCUUAUUCGUGAUCUGGUGGUGGAAAACAAAAAAAUCGCACGGGUACAAGAACCUUGGAGAGAUAGCAAUGACUUAG